GAUAACACUCUUACAUGAAACACGUAUGUCUGUUUUUACUCUCCACUCAUAUUCACGCGGACAACUAGGUCACAGAGUUUGUGUUGACUGUUGACUUAGUUUACUGCUGCACGCGUUACGGUGUGAAUGUUUAUGGUGAUAGUGUAGUGAUUUUAGUAAAUUAGUGGUGAUUAACAAACUAGCGGCCCUUUUGUAGUACGGGAUGCGUGCGUGAGCGCAGCGCAUGACGUGCUACGAAACAUUGAGAACUUCGGCACCCGCCGCGGACGCCCCCAUGGCGCACCACUUUGUCAAGUGGUGGCGCAAUAAGUUUAGAAAUGGCUACAAGAAAUUUAGCAUUGGCACAGAAAGUGAGCGCACAGAUACAGAAGAGUUGGUGGGUCGCGCAGCAUCACAAUGUUCUGCCCCACCUGAUUUACUGCCCAGUGAAGCUCGGGCGUACCUAAAGCCUGCAACUCCACCGCCGCAGCCAUCACGUCCAUCGUACGAGCCUACGUAUAAGUCGCCGUCUUCACCAAUACCGGAACAUAAAAAUGAAGACAAACAACCUAGACUGAGAUUUGAGGAGCUGACUUGUGAUGUUGAACUUAAGCAUCCUGAACCGUCGAAACAACAACCACUGCAGUUCUCAUUUACACUAUAUGAUCUUGAUGGACAUGGCCGCAUGACCAAAGACGAUAUUGCUGGUAUUGUAUCGACGAUAUAUGAGUCGAUUGGUAAAUCGGUGACAGUCCCACAUUACGGAUCCAAAACAAUACAAGUGAGGCUAACAGUCGUGCCCGAUGAUGGGUCCACGAGAAAUCAUCGAGAACGACGCGAGGGCAGACGGAGGCGGCGGCGGGAAGAGGUCCCACCUGUACCGCCGGACUGCCCGGAACACAGCGAUGAAGAACAACAAGACAGAUUAUCACAUGAUGACGAUGUGUCGUCUAAAUCUUCAUGUUCAGGAGAUCGGAGACCUCCACCAAGAUCAUUUAACUCUAGACCGCUCCGCCGUCAUCGCAGAGAGCAGCGAGAACGGAAACACGCAAAGAAGCGCUCUGGGAGCUUGCAAAGACGGGAACUACUAGAAAUCAUUCAGGCUAACAUGGAAAAAAACCAUCUGAGCUUUCAAGCUUCAAGAAAGCCCUGUGACUCUGUUGCCAAUGAAGAUGAAAUUACAUCAAAAUAUCAAAAACUUCGAAAUAGAUCUUAUACAGUUAGUGAAAGACCAGAGAAACCUAUGAAUGCAUUCCAAAAAGUGAAAUCAGAAAACAGUGCUAAUGGUUAUUUGGAUUUAGCGAGUGGCGGCGAUUCAAACUUAUGUCGAUACGACCGGUAUCUCCAUGCAGUUAUAUGUUCUUCAGCGCGACAUGCACAUACUGGUUACCAUCAAAAGCAAGGUCAGACGCCGCGGAGCAGUCGUGCGGCACAAUUACCACAUCCGCGAUCGCGUUCCCACGAUUUGCCUGCACAAGCUCAAGUACCUCACCAACCAAGAGUGCUUCAAAUUAUAUUUUUAUAGAACUC